AGAAUACCUCAAAGAGAGUUAUCUAUUGUUCUACAAUUACCAAUUAACUAUUAGGUUACCAUUAAUCCCUUCUAUCAUUUACCGCGAUAGACUCUCUUUUGGAAUUUGCGUUAUUCAUGACGUUCGUUACUGAUUCGCCAGUUUUCAAUCACCCAACAAGCGCUCAAUAUAGACACCAUGGAAUCGACUCUAGACAACACGACUCUCUCUACGAUAUCUCUCCUCGAAGCGCGACUCUUGCGCAUUGAGCAUUUACUAUAUGGCCAUACAGCUCAGCAACCCAAAGCAUCGACUAUAAGAAGUAUGCAGGAACUAGAGCACCGGUUUGCGACUCUUCUUCAACGAAUGCGCGUUUAUGCCGAACUUCUUAAACUCUAUAAAUCUCAACCAACUCUCUUCCAACCACCACCGCCGUCCCAACCACCCUCCGAACUCCCACCUGAAGCCUUACGCGCUAUUGUUCUCGCCGCCGCGUCCUCAUUCCCGGCCACAGCUUCCGCGCUCACGGCUAUAUCUGACACGCCGAUUCCAGACCCGGCGCACACGGCUACCUUAGUUACCCUAUUACCAAAGAUGAAGGGAAUCGAGGCGACACAGAUAGCACAGGCGGCCGAGAUCGCGGAGCUGAGAGCCCGCAGUGAGGUUGUCGUGCGCCAGUGGUACGAGCAUAAUGUUAUGAGCUACUCGAACUUCGUGGCGGGCGUUGAGAGCCGUGUUGAGAAUGCCGAGCGCGUCGUGAGAAGAGUAGAAAGGGCAAGGAAUGAGAUUUGAGGCAUGCCACUUAUGCCCAUAUGCCUUGGAACAUAAAGGUUCCUAUGGGGGAUCGAAUAUUUAUUAACCUGCCCGCGCUCUUCGUGUAGCUGCACCCUCGACAUUAUGGAUG